ACCACGACGAAGGGUUAGCUUAGAGUUCUCCUUGUGAAAAAUGAUUAUUGUCCCUCGAACAGCUCGGGUGAUUUAUUUUCAGUGCAUAUUCGCUCACUAAUAAAAAGUUAGAGACAUAAAAUUGUGUAGUAUAAAGUUAACAUGUCCCCAAAAAAUCCGAAGUUGUUAUUCCAUUUGAAAAAUCCUCCGGAAAACAAAAUCGAUAGUAUCCAGGCUUUUGGUGUCGUAUAUUUUACGUUAAAGUUCCAAGGAAUGGUUAUACCGGGAGACUAUCGCCUGCGACACAAAAUAUGCGCUGCCAUUAAUUUCAUCCUCAUCAAUAUUUGUUACUAUUUCUCGUUCAUCAUUCAACUUUUUUACGUGGAUAAUCUGAAGGAGUUACUGGAAAAUGUCCCUAUGAACCUUUCUGUGACCGCCUGUACCAUCAAAUUCUUUGUUAUUCUAAGGCUAAGACCCAGCCUUAUCGAAAUUAACAAGAAGCUGGAGCGCCUAGACAGUCGACCUAUGACAGACAAGCAAAAGGAUCAACUGAGAAGGGUAAUCAACUUUUGCAGGUUGAUUUCCCUGAGUGCUACGGUCUUCUAUAUGGUUGGAAAUUUAACUUAUACCCUUGCUGCGGCGCUUUCGCAUGGCACCAAGCUUGCUUUUGCAUCUUGGUUCCCCUAUGAUUGGGGAAAGAAUGCAUUUCGAUUUUGGGGUACGUUGUUCAUACAGACUAUGCUCCAGCAGCAAGUGGCACUAGAAGAUGCAGCAAAUGAUUUCCUUGCGGUUUUGUAUCUUAUUUUACUGAGCGCCCAUCUACAGAUAAUUAUGGAACGUUUUGCGAAUAUUCAUUAUGAUCCAGAGAAAACGGAGGAGGAAAGUUUCCAAGAGUUUAUAGAGUGUUUAGAGGAUCACCGGAUAAUAAUGGAUAUCUUCGAGAUAAUACAGAACACUCUCUCCCUUACAAUUUUCAUUCAAUUCAUUACAUCCAUUCUCGUAUUUUCAACCUCGGGUCUGAUAUAUCUAAGAUUCUCUUUAUCGUUAACGGAAACUGUGGCAGUGUUUAUACUCAUGGUAGGAGUAAUUACAGAAAUUUUUCCAUCCUGCUACUAUUCAGAUAAAUUUAUGGAAAAAACGGACCAGAUGGUCUUCAUGCUCUACUCAUCAAACUGGAUGGACUUAUCUCCAAGAUUCCGGAAACAUCUUAUUAUAUUCAUGCAGAUGACGCAGGAGAAGAAAAUCAUAUUGGCUGGAAAACAGAUACCAAUAACCUUGGUUACUUUCAUGUCGGUAAUGAAGGCUAUGUACUCAAUGUUAAUGAUUUUGAACCCAUCAGAUUAAGGCCUGUUAAGGAGAUCUUUUAUAAAAAACAAUGAGAUUCGGAUUUAAGUAAUUAUGGAUCUAUGGCAACCAAGGUUUAGAAGAAAAAUAUUUCGCUGCACUCAAUCUUUUAUUCUUUUUUUUGUGCACUCAAUAAUGUGUGUUGUGGUAAAAUUGUAUCAUUCGAUGAAUAAAAAGUUUGUAGUGAGGAUCACAACAAA